AUGAACGCGUCGAUAUGGUGGCGCAAACUUAUUCGUUUGUUACAAGACGUGGACAUGGAGGAGAUGCUUCAAACGAUUAGUCGAUACCCGAAGCGUAGAUUGCUAGCCAUCUUAUGUGCAGUUAUUUUUGUUCUUUAUUACUUGGGAAUUCCUGGUGGUGGCAGGCCUAUUUCCCCUGCUGGAAAGUGUGUCAUGGAGCGGUUCAAGAAUUGGGAAGCAGCCGUUCAGGAGCAAUCGAUAGGUGCCGAUGAGAACUCAGUUGUGUUCGUGGGAAAUGGUCACAUCGGGGUUGACGUGAACGAAGAAUUGCGGCUCUCCUCAAAUGGCUCGAAAAUAUUAGAUUUCGCUGCCGGUUUCAAGCCAUUUGUAAAUUUGGAAGUCGCUGAAUCCGGCUCACCUGCUGAAACCACUUUCACCGAGUUCAAAGAAGGCCGUGUUAAAAAUAUAAAGUGUUACGUUAUGGAUGGUGAUUGUAUGUGCAUAGAAAGGACUCGCUAUGCUCAUCGAACAAGAAAAGAGUUGUUAGUGGAAGAAGUAAAAGUAGUGAAUCCAACGAAGUCAUCAGUUACCUUGCGAAUUGGUCGCACUGUGGCAGAAAACUGGGCUGCGAACAAAACUGGUGAUGCUAUUGUUUACACCAGAACGUUCCCAAUGCAUCUAUUUUCUCUUACAUCAGCUGUGAUCUGUUCUAGUGCUCCUGGAGAGUAUCAGGUAGCUAGAAAAAGAGAAGAGACGCUACGAUUUAUUUGUGUUGUUGAGCAGCGGGAAUUAUCAAGUAAUAUGGCAAUGGAUACGAAACCUGUCCUACAUGAAUUAACUACAAAAGUUGUUUCGGAGUUCAGCCGCUUGUAUAAAAUGGCGCCAUUAGCAAUUGAUACUGAGCAUGAAAAUGCAUGGAAAAAGGCGUUAGAGUUGUCGUCUAGAAGGAAUGAGAGGUGUUACAGUGAGCAUUCUACGCUUCUUUAUCCCUCGAAAUUGUGGCAUGAUUGGACGCAUGUGGAGGAUUUACUGAGGAUGGCAGACAUUUGGAUACUCACUCUCGAAAAAAGAGGAUGUGCUGCAAUGCUGAAAUCAGGUGCAACCGGUCUUGCUCAGGCAUUCACACUGUCUUUGUCUGGUGCAUCGUACCAUGACUCACAUUUGGAGGUUGCACUAUCAGUUUCGGAUCUCCACCGGGAGAUGGCUUUCAGCGGCUUGCCUAUCGGUGUUGCUGUUGGCGAUGCAAGUGCACGAGUCCGAAUAGAUGAGGAAAAUACACCGUUCUUUGAGAUGAUGUCAGCAACAGGGACUUUGUACGCAUGUGGAGGCGGAUGUUUAGGCGAGCCAUUAACACUCGGAAAAACACCAACCAAACUGGAAAUCAAGAUUACGAAGCCAGAGACCGCUAUUCUAUACAUAGCAACUAGCCGCAAACACUUGGAACAGCUGAGGUCAACCAUUCAUGUGUCUGAGGUGAUAUCCGCACCUUCCCACGAAAGCCAGCUCCUGGCACUUCACCGCCAUGGCUCAGCCAUAGGUGGACUACCAAUGUGGUUUUGGUUCUUCUUGGUGGUUCUGCUAAUCGCUUUCCAUGCAUUUUUGGCAAAACUUCUGUGGUCAGAAUGGCGUAAAGGUGAUAUGACGCCGUAUAAUCCUUAUCUGAGGAGUAGAGCACUUGGACUCAUCUGUAAUCUCUUAUUGCUUCAAGCUGCGGAAAAAAAUUAUGUUGUUCUCUUACGAUCGUUUGCUGGAUUUUUGGAUAUAGCCAGAAAAGACGUAGAUAUUCCAUCUACGGCACCCAAAGAUCUGCUGACAUCUCUUCACAUCGAAUUCAUAGCCAAUUAUGAGAAGAAUAAGGAUUCAUAUGAAUAUAUUAUGGCCGAACCGCUACGUCUGAGCGGCAUUUAUUGGUGUCUGAGCGCCGUCUCCAUCCUUAAGAAGGCCGACGCAUUGAGCCGUGAUGCAAUCGUUCAGUAUAUCCGGGAAUGCCAGCGCACGGACGGUGGCUUUGCGCCAGCCACUCAUCAUGACAGCCAUCUUCUUCACACACUUAGUGCAGUACAGAUUCUAAUCAUAUUCGAAGCGCUGGACAGUUUUGACCUAGAUUCAAUAGCUCAAUAUGUUCGAAGGUUGCAGAAUGAGGAUGGAAGUUUUGGUGGUGAUGCAUCGAAUGAAGUGGAUACUAGAUUUUCGUUUUGCGCAGUUGCCACUCUCUACCUCAUUGACAGAAUUCAUGUGAUUGAUGUUGAAAAGGCCGUUAACUAUGUUUUACGCUGUUACAAUUUUGAUGGAGGGUUCGGUACAAGGCCUGGUUCAGAAAGCCAUGCUGGACAAGUGUAUUGUUGUCUUGGGACCCUUUGCAUAACGAAGCGGCUUGACUCGAUUGAUAGAGAUCGAACAGCAGAGUGGUUGGCUCAGCGCCAAUGUGCUAGUGGAGGUUUGAAUGGGCGUCCUGAAAAAUUGCCCGAUGUUUGUUAUUCUUGGUGGGUGCUUGCGUCAUUAGCAAUGUUGGGACGGUUGGAUUGGGUGGAUAAGGCAACAUUGAUAAAGUUCAUUUACGCUUGUCAGGAUGACGAGACAGGCGGGUUUUCAGACCGUCCUGGAGAUUGCGCUGAUCCUUUCCACACACUGUUUGGAGUGGCUGGAUUGUCUUUAUUUGGGAACGAAAAUUUAAGCCCAGUUGAUGCCGUUUUUUGCAUGCCUAAACACACACUCAAGGAGAAAUCUCUCUGCUAA